AUGGGGAACAGCAGACAAAGGAGUGCAAAGGAAGCUAGUAAAAAGGGAAGUCCGAGUGAUGGAGGAAGACUUAAGAAUGGCAAAAGCAGUAGCAUUAAGAAACAAGGAAGAUGGGUGAUUUGGGAAGCAGCAAGGCAGCGGAAAGUGACCUGGAAUGACAUAUGGUCGAUGGAGCCAGACAGAUUGCAGUUUCUCCUCAGAUCAGAAUAUGACGUGCUACCAAGCCCAACAAAUUUGGCAGUAUGGGGCUUAUCUGAUGACCCAAAUUGCAAGCUCUGUGGAAAACCAACAAAUUUUGAGCAUAUAUUGUCAUCAUGUUCCGUGGCAUUGUCUGAAGGUCGGUAUACAUGGAGGCAUGACCAGAUACUUUCGGUACUCGCAGACUCUUUCGAAAAAGCCAGGAAGAGACCACCACCAAAGGACAAGCGGCUCAAGUUCAUCAACGUUGUUAGAGCAGGAGAGAGGGAGAAGAGUGGCGGCACUUUGGAGGGUAGAGGACUUCUUGGCACGGCAGGAGACUGGCAAAUGCGAGCUGACCUGAAGACCAGAAUGCAAUUCCCAACGAAGGUAGCAUCCACCUACAAGCGACCUGACGAAGUGAUCUGGUCUCCGUCAUACUGGAGCUGA